AUGCCAAGCUUGUCGGAGUUGAUCGAGGCUAAAAAAGGUGCGAAUGCCGCCUUACGAGCCGCCAAUGCAUCAAAAAGUUGCGAAGGAGAUGAGAUUCUGGCUAUUGAAGCAAGCCAUUUAAACGAUGAACAUCACUCGUCGAUAGUUCAGUCUAACUCGUACUUGAUUGAUUCAACAUAUGAUAGUCUCCAUUCAUCGGCGGGCAAUUUUAGCAGAAGCAUCAUCGAGCCAAAAAACAAAUCCUCGAUCAGCCACAAAGCACACGAUGUAAUUGUUGAAGAGCGCACGGAUAUCGACAACGUUGAGAAUAAAAAAUCGAAUAUUUCUCUUCCAGCCCCAGCCAAGCAAAAUAUUUCUCGAUGUCUAAGUGAUACGCGAAUAAAAGUCAAGGAUCGAAAUCGUGCAAACGAAUCGCGAGGUGCCAUUGAAAGGAGUACUUCUUUAUAUCAGUUCAUCGAUGUUAAUGAGUUGCUCACGAUAAAUGGGCAGUUAUUUCGCAAAGACAAUAUCGUGGGAAAAGGUGGCAGCUCGGUGGUUUGGUCAGCUGCCAACAUGGCGACAAAACAAGAAGUUGCGAUAAAGAUUGUGUCUCUAAAUGAAGAUCAUGGGGUCAUUGAAGCCUACACAAAUGAGAUAGCCAUAUUGGAAGAGUUGAAAGAUUGCCGACGUGUGAUUCAUCUUUUUGAUCAUGAGUUUAUGUAUGAGCAACAACUGCUAUACAUUGUACUGGAAAAAGGCGCUACCGAUUUUGGGACAUUCAUCAAAGAGCGGCACAGAAGUAAGGCCAUUAAUGCCACGUUUAUUCAUUUUUAUUGGGAAGAAAUGCUGCUCUGUGUUCAAACCAUUCACGAAAAAGGGAUCAUUCACAAGGAUUUGAAGCCUGCAAAUUUUCUGCUCGUCGGUGGAGAUUUAAAAUUAAUCGACUUUGGGAUUUCCACACAAAUGCCCAAGAAUCAGGAUUCGCUGCAAUCAUCUGUGAUACUUGGAACCCCGAGUUACAUGGCCCCAGAAAUGUUGCAAUCAACGGGCGAAACAACGGCUAAAGUUGAUGUAUGGUCACUUGGUUGUAUCUUAUAUGCAAUUGUUUAUGGCAGGACACCCUUUCAAAAAUAUCGAGUGACAUCGGAGAAAAUUAAAGCGAUUUGCAAUCCAAAAGUGGAAAUUGACUUUCCUCCACACCAUGAUUCGUUGCUGGUUGAGACGAUGAAGUGGUGCUUAGUCCGAGAUCCUCGGCGACGAGCCUCGAUUAAAGAAUUGCUCGAGCAUCCAUUUUGUGAUUCAAGAAGAAAACAACCAAGUGCCUCGGAUUCCUCAGCACUUGUGGACUUUGCCGCUGAUCUUCUGUCCAAAACACCCAAUUCACGACAACGGGCACUCGAAACACUUUGCAGAAGAUUUGAAUCUACGAGCCUCUCAACUCCACAAUUGGACCUU